GGGUUCGAGUUGAAUUCUUUGUGAAUGAGCAGUCUUUCAAAGAGCGCCUACAGCAGUACUUCAUCAAAAACAAGAGAUCAAGUGUUCGUAUUCGUCUCUUCAACCUCAUCAUCAAGCUGGUGUCAUGCAUUCUGUACGUCAUUCGUAUCCUGCUGGACUCAUCGCCAAAACAGGCAGGGCCUUAUGGCUAUUCUGCAGAGGCCAACCAAUUGGCCGAUGCUACGGAGAUGCCUUCAACACCAUACCCGUCCAUGUGCUGCAAGCCAGAGGAUGAUUACAUGAAGGAAGUGAAUUGGGCGGCCAUUUUGUAUGUGAACCGUAACCCUGUGCUAUGGGCCAUUCAGCUAACCAUCGCUAUCAUAUCCCUGGUCCAAGCACUGCUCCUGCUUUUUCUGCAGUACAAGGGCAACCUUUUGCAGCAGAUUUGCACAAUCUACUUUUUCCUGGAGCUGCUGAAUACGGUGCCGUUUGUACUCACGAUUUUUUGGGAGCCCCUUCGGAAUCUCUUCAUUCCCGUCUUUCUCAACUGCUGGCUCGCCAAGAACCUGCUACAAAAUUUGUUUAAUGAUCUUCAUCGGGUAAUGCAAAAGCCCCACUCUGCCUUAUCGCAACAGUUGAUGAUUCUUCUCUGCACUGUCCUGUGCCUCAUAUUCACAAGCUGGAUGGGAAUCCACCAUUUGGAGAGAGGGGACAAUCAUGGCAUGCCGCUGUUCCACGCGCUGUACUUCACCAUCGUCACGUUCUCAACGGUGGGGUACGGGGACAUCCAUGUAGACAUCUGGCCCUCACAGCUCUUCAUCUUGUUCAUGAUUGCGGCCGCCCUGGUUGUCUUGCCCAUACAGUUGGAGAGGCUAGCUUACCUGCUGAUAGAGCGACAGAAACAGGGAGGCACCUACAGCCAGCACCGGGCCGAGUCAGGCAAACACGUCGUGGUCUGUGCCACAGUGUUACAGUACGAUUUGAUCACAGACUUCUUGAACGAGUUCUACGCGCACAAUCUGCUGCAUGGCCACUUUGUCGUCUUGGUGUCGCCGUGUGAGCUGGAUAAUGCCCUGCGUGCAUUACUGCAGGUGCCGCUGUGGGCUAAUAGGGUCAUCUACAUCCAGGGGUCUGUCUUGAAGGAUCAGGACCUCAUCCGAUGCAGGAUCAACAUUGCCCAGGCUUGCUUUAUUCUCUCCCCUCGCAAUGUCAUGGAUAGGUCUGAGGCCGAUCAGCAGACCAUCCUGAGGACAUGGUCUGUCAAGGACUUUGCCCCCAAUGUUGCCCUCUACGUCCAGAUUCUUAAGCCGGAAAAUAAGUUCCAUGUGCAGUUUGCAGAUCAUGUGGUAUGCGAGGAUGAGUUCAAGUAUGCGUUGUUGGCCAACAACUGCCUGUGUCCAGGGACCUCGACGUUUGUAACCUUACUCAUACACACGUCCAGGGGACAGGAGGGCAGUGAUUCCCACUCUCAGUGGCAGCGUACCUACGGCCGUUGUUCCGGCAACGAAGUCUAUCACAUCAAACUGGGCGACAGCAGGUUCUUUGUAGAGUAUGAAGGAAAGAGCUUCACCUACGCGUCUUUUCACGCUCACAAAAAAUAUGGCGUCUCUCUGAUUGGCAUCCAAAAACUGGACGAGAACGCCAACAUUCAGCUGAACCCUGGGCCCCGCCACAUCAUGCGGGCCACCGACACCUGCUUCUACUUAAACAUCACCAAAGAAGAAAACUCUGCAUUCAUCCUCCGUCACCCACGGGAAGAACGCGAGAAAGAGAAACCAGACACCAGCAAAAGCUCCAACUACGUGCCGCCGGACAAUGGUGGGCUGACGCGGGUGGAGAGCGCCAUUGCUAGCGUGGGCACGUUGGCGUUGGAGCUGCAUCACAUGGGCGGGAAGGUCAGCUCACCGACGCACUCGGCAGCCGCAAGUCCCGUCGAUUCGCGGGACAGCUACAUGACCCCAGAGGGCAGAGAAUCCGCAGGCGGCCGCGGCUCCUUAGAGAUGGCCACCACCUCAGGCAUGGACCGCAACCACCUCAUGCCCCCAGCCGGCGAAGAGGGAGGAGGGGGAGGCGGAAUCAGCAUCACGAUCGGUGGAGGCAGCAGCACCGAUGACACCAAUGGGUUUCUGGUGCCCACCGGUGCCCAGCGUGGCAGACGACCGUCCAUCAUGCCCGUCCUGGAGACUAUGUCCUCAGAUCCCGAAGACGAGCAGCCGCGAGAUAUGAAGCCACUUCACGCCCAGAAGCAGGUGGAUGUAGUAGACACGGAAGACGUACAGCUCUGGGAUGAGGAGGACCCUGACCAACUACUAGCCAGCAUGAGUGGAGUUAGAAUGUGGACCAAAGGGGAGCCUCCUUCCCUGCCCUACAUCGGCUACACCCCAGCCCUGUGCCACCUGCUGGCCAAACCAAAGAAAAUAUGCUGCCUGGAGCUGGACAAGCCCUGUGAGCACUGCAGUUACAGGCAUGCCGCUGAGUACAACUGGCCCAACAACAACAUCAUCAUUGCUGCUGAGUACGCCGCGUUGGCCAUGAUCAACUUUGUGGUACCCCUGAGAGCUCACUGGAGACCCAAGCAUACCCUCAAGCCAAUUGUUAUUCUACUGGAAAAGAGACCAGACACAACUUUCUUGGACUGCAUCCUGUCCUUCCCAAUGGUGUACUACAUGAUAGGCACCAUCGAAAAUUAUGAUGAUGUCUUAAGGGCAGGCAUCCUUCAGGCUGAUACAGUCGUCGUUGUAGACAAGGAAAGUUCCAAGUUAGCUGAUGAGGACUAUAUGGCCGAUGCUAACCAAAUUGUCGCUGUGCAGACGCUCUUCAAGUUGUUUCCCCACGUAAGCAUCAUCACGGAGCUGACCCAUCCAUCCAACAUGCGCUUCAUGCAGUUCAGGGCCAAGGAUGUCUACGCACUCAAAAUGGCCGACAAACAAAAGAAAGAGAGGCAGAAGGGGUCCAAUAUUGCCUACAUGUUCAGGUUACCCUUCUCAGCUGGCAAUGUCUUCAGUGCAAGUAUGCUGGACACGCUGCUCUACCAGUCGUAUGUCAAGAACUACAUGAUCUCCUUCACACGGCUCCUCUUGGGCAUCGAUCAGGCGCCCGGUUCUGGCUACCUCUGUGAACUCCGGAUUACAGCAGAGGACAUGUGGAUCCGGACCUUCGGGCGACUCUAUCAGAAGCUGUGCUCAACGACUCAUGAGAUUCCCAUUGGAGUCUACAGGACUCACAGCCAGUCAGAUAACAAAUCGGAGCUAUCGGUAACCAUUGAAGAUGAUGACAACUCCUCCUUGGGCCAGUCAGAGGAGAGGAAAGAGAUUGCCAGCAUCAUCAGGAUGAAGAUGAAGAAGCUUGAUCUACCCGCUGAAGAAUACGAUAGCGAAGUGAGUGACAAGAGGAACAAGUUAUCCUACGUGUUGAUCAACCCAAGCUUUGAAUUGAAGCUGGAAAUGGAUGACAUCAUUUUCAUCAUCAAGCCAGCAGGAGGCCCCAAGACGCCGUCUCCAAUGCCACCCCGCCGGAAAUUCAGCAGCCGACGCAAGCCAAAGAAGUCCGAGCCAAGAGCGGAGCCACAAGGAAGCAACGUGGACACUAAGCUAUAGCACCCAGAGCUGAGAAACGGAAGAGAAUACAAUGCAGAACAGAUACCAACAGUUGAUGUGUUUCGCUCAUCGUGAUCAUCAACUUCAGGAUGAAUUCAUUUCUUGAAGAGUGGAAAAAAAGAUGAAAUGGAUGGGAAGGUGUUUGAAGUGAUAAAAAGUGCUUCACUUUGUUGGCAAGUUUGAAUGUGAUGUCUGGGGUUGUUGCCAUCUUAGGUGUGUGGCAGUGGCGUUACUUUACGAGGUUGAAGGAUCUGAUUCUGUCUCAUGGAAGUGAAGACAGGGGUUGAUCAGUGGAGAAGUAGGCUGCUCUUUGCAAGACCUGCGAUAGUGGAAAGAAUCGUGCAUUCUUCCAAUAGCUUAAUAGCAGUCACCUCGUUGCAGGACAAGUUAUGAGUGUGACAUGGGCGUGAGAUGAAACUGUAUUUUGCCAGACUUGAUCAGAUGGAAGUGUGUCUAGAUGGGAAUUUAAAUGAUUGAAGAAGGUCACACAAGACUGUUUGUGGUUUAAAAAAAAAAACAGUCCAUGCAUGACAUUUGUAUGCAAGAACUAUGGAUCACCCAUCACAGUCUAGAGACGUAGAAGAUCAUGGUAGUGGGCCCUCUGUUGGCAAGAUGUAGACAGUUGCCAGCAAGGCCACUUGCACGUAAGAAGCAGUCAUACCUGAUGUAAGUAAAGCUCUAAACGAAAGUUGUGACUUGCUCAGGAUAUUUUUUGACAGCUGUCUGUGAUUACAAUCAUACGGAGAAUAAUGAAAACAUGGUAGGUAAAUUUGGUAUGAGCUGCAGUAGAAUUUGGCCAUCACCUAACUUGUACAGAUCAUUUCAGAAUUAUGAAGUGGGACAAGAAAGUCACUGAAGUGUCUCAGUGAACUUAUUUAUUUACGUAUGGGCUGAAAAAAAGUGAAGACUUUUCAGUAUUAGAUCGCGGUAAUUUGUACAUUGCCUGGAUUUGUUUUUUAAUUGAUUAGUUUUUGGGCUGGCCCCUGAGAGAUUGUAGAUCAUGCUCGAGAAUUAGUCGGAGCAUAAAACAAAAUAUUGUAAAUCACCUUAAAAAAGUUGUACAUUAUCCCAAAUUUCUGUCACUGAAAAUGACACUUUUCUAAGCCUUGUCUGGUUUUAAGAAAGUGGUGUAGACUCGGAAGUUUGGAGGUUUCUGGAUGGAAGCAUUUAAUGCAUCUACGCACUUGUUUUCAUAGGCACUUGGACAAUAUGUUGAAACGUUUUCUGUAAGAAAACUCUCGUCCAACACAUUUUUGUUGGAUCACCUUGCUUUUUUAAACUCUAUUUUUAAGUUAUUUGUAAAUAGUUUAUGGACUCAUACAAAAUGGACAAACUUAAAAAAAAAUUCUGAAAAAAAGUGCCCAAAGUGAAAAUCUUUUGGGUUUUUUUUUAAAGCGAAUGGCAGCUGUUAUUUUGUAUUAUUUUUAUUAAGUCAUUAGUCAUUAACUAAGUUUUCAUUUUAACCAUUUUACGUUCAAUUAUUAACUGGACGCUACAGAUUGACAUAGCGAUUCAUCAUCUUUGUUUUUAUUGAGUAAAAAAACCCAAAAUUAUUUCAUGAACGGUUGUUCAAAAGAAGGACGAUUUGUGCAAAGGAUUCAACAAGAUUGACAAUUAUUGUUCUUAAUCUUUGGGGGAAAAAUAGGUGAAAAAUAAGUGAUGUAUCAUCCCAUUUGGUCAACCUUUUCAUAAGCCCAAUGAUGUUGAUGAGAUAUCUUUGUGUUCAGAUAUUAUUACACUUAGCGUUCAACUCAAUAAUCCUCUUUUUGAUUGUUUUGUUGAUUACCAUAACUUAUUUUCUUUUAAAGUGCAAUAGCAGAGGAUUUAUUUUCUUUUUGUGCAAUAUGUUGUAUACGUUCUAUCAAAUAUUUUUCAGUUAUAUUUCCCACAUAGGUUACAAUGCAGGGUUCUGUUUUUUUACAAGUCCCUCCAAAAGUACUUGUCGGCCAAUGUCAAAGUGUAAAAAUCGGACAAAUCUGUUCAGAUUUGUUAAAUCUUUGCAUGUUCUCAUAAUUGAAAGGGAACAAACUUUGCCCUGAGCCGCUGCUUGCCACAUAUUAAUGUUUCAAUAAUGUGCAACAGGAGUAACUGAUGAAUAGUGUUGUAUAAAUGUUAAUGUAUUCCCAAAGGUAUAUUGUGAAAUCGGGGUAGUGGAGAGAAUUGAAGUUUUGAAAGCAAUGAAUAGGAAUUGCGUUCCCCCCCCCCCCCCAUUUUAGAAAUCGUUACCUCCCCUCAGUUCUAAAUCCACUCCAUGAUUCAUUGAACAAAAUUACACACACAUCAUAGCUACCAGUCUCUCCAUAUCAGUUGCAGUACCUGCUGCUUUACCAGGUCAAACUGGCCAGCUGACCACGACCAGGUCAAACUGGCCAGCUGACCACGACAAGCCCGUUCAUCGAGUACUGUACUAAGACUUCUGCACUAGUAAGCAGCAGGUCAUGGGUUCCAGUCCCACCCAAGUAAACUUCUUCUUUUUUUCUCGUAAGCCCUCAGACAGCAACAAAUAAACAAUGUUGACUGUCAGAUGUUGUUCAUUGCACAUUUCUUGUUCCUGAUAGCAUAGUUCAUUCUGAGUUGUCCCAAACGAUCAAAGUCAGUGAAAAACUAUUUAUUUUUUUUUCAUCCUAAAAUUAUUUGAAUACAGUACUGCAGUGAAUAUCCUAAUCCCCACAAAUUGUAUUUUUAAUAUAAAAUAUCCUUUGUAAUAAGUUGGACGUAAAACAACGAAUGAAAUAAAGAAAUGUGUAACAAGUGCUUUACAUCAUUGGUUCAAGUUGAAUUUUUACAAGAAUAUUUCACACAAUGGGCCCAGUGGUCGUCUUUCAAUUCUUAUUAAAUUUAAUUUUGUAAAGUGGCCAACAUUUCAGAAUUUUAUACAAUUAUAUCCGCUUUCUCGUCAGUGUUAUCAAAGACCUUGUAUUAUUAUGUAAAUAGAAAAUGCCCUUAACUUCUUCACAAUUUACAGUAUUCUUAUUUUCAUUGGCUUUUUCAUUUUGUGCAAUUAAUUUCCUGGGUUUUACUUUUUCACGUCUGAUGACUGAUACGCUGUAAACUUUUUUGCUGAUGUUAAAAUGCGUUAUUAUAACUAAUCCAAAUUAUGUAAGCAGCAUACUUGCUGCUUACAAUUAAAUUGUUUCACCUACAUUCAUAGUUUACAUAAUCAGAAAAAUGCAUGGGUUAUGUAAUUGCUUUGCUGUAGAUUACACUUCGCAUAAUUAAAACUUAAUUCUGCAUUUUGAUUAUUUAAUUUAAUGCCUUUUUAAUUUUAAAAAAUAGUUGUUUUGUUUAGUCCAAUGUAAAAUAAGAGUAUAUUUAAUUAUUUUGAUAUUCAUUUUAUGAACACUAUUGUGUAAAAUAUAUCAAACUGGCUGGAUGAAUGAAAGAGCAUUUUUUAUGCUAUUGGGCCAAAAACCUUUUUUGCAAAUGUUGUAAAUAAGAAGUACAACUACCUACUGUUAACCUGUACAUAAAUGACAACAACGUGUUGCAUUGUGAAUUGGACAUUUCUAAAGUGAACGAUAUUGAUGACACUGUUUGCAUGGUUCGUGACAUUUUGGACAUCCGGGUGCUAUUGUCAAAGGUGGACAAAAAACUAUGGACCAUGACGUGACUGAUCGGACAUGCAGUUAAUGCUUGUAUUAUCUGUACUUGUAUAUAGCACUAUAUGCAGACUUCAAAAUGCACUGCAUUAAUUAUUCAAUCUACUUCGAAUCUACGUGGACUAAGAAUAAAAAGUAUGCAUGGACAUGAAAAGACGGACAAAACUUGAAUGUUACUGGGGUUGCCACUCAACUAAGUGCAACAUCAUGAACCAAAAACAAAAUGUGUCUCUCUUUGUUUGGGACAAAAUGUUUGAAAUUAGCACGCUAGUGCCCAGUUAUUGGAAUGUCCGCAAUGUAACGAUGUGUAAAUAUAAGAACUUGUCCAGUUUUAUGCACAACACCAUGUUCUCACAAAUUGUGUAUCAUAUGAGAUCAAAAGAUUGCAAUGCAUUUCAGCUUGUUACUGUAUCUGAUGGUGGGAAAGUUUGCCUAUUCUUGCAAAUGACUCUUCAGUCAUUUAAUCUGACACAUUAAAAAAAAAAAAAAAAAAA